AUUUGAGUGAAAAAGAGGUUGGUUGGUGGUAGGUACUGAAACCAAGUGGAAGAAAGAAGGCUUUACUACUAGGAAGCCAGAAACUGGACAACCUCAACCUCGUCGUUUUGCUUCUUCUUCUAUUUCUCUGAGCUUUUGUUGUUACUGUCUUUAACUCUUUUCGAGAUUUGUCAUCACAACACCAACACCAGAACCAACAAUAUUAUUGUUAAUAUUAUCAAUACGCACAAAACCAUAAAAACCUUUCUUUUUGCACUCUGCAUUUUCUUCACUUCCCGCUCCCUCAAUCGUUUGUAUGAAAACCUUCUUCUGUCUCAUUCAUUCAUAACACUUCCCGCUUUUGCAAUUUCGUAAGUAACUUUUUUUUUCUGAAGCAGAUAUUGCACUUUUCUUCACUCUUCCGCGUUUCGCGAGAAAGAGAAAGUUGAACGAGCCACAAUGAAUACCAGAGCACGCACCACUCUUCACUCAAUGAAACCUCCUUUAAAUGAUACUCCUAUGAAAGGGAAGAUGGAAACUGGAGGAGGGAAGAGAGCAAUGGGUGGUGGGCACAAGAACGGGCGUCGGUCCAAUCGAGAAAGGAAAAUGGCUUUGAUCCAAGAUGUAGAUAAGUUGAAGAGGAAGCUCAGACAUGAGGAGAAUGUUCAUAGAGCAUUAGAAAGAGCAUUCACAAGGCCCUUGGGAUCUCUACCCCGUCUUCCUCCUUAUCUUCCUCCAUAUACAUUGGAGCUUUUGGCUGAAGUAGCAGUGUUGGAAGAGGAGGUGGUAAGACUUGAAGAGCAGGUUGUGAAUUUUAGACAAGGUUUAUAUCAGGAAGCGGUGUACAUUUCCUCAAAGAGAAAUGCAGAGAAUUUGAAUGACCCUAUUGACCAAAACACCAUAAGGAGUUCCAAGCAUCAGAGAUCAAAAUCCAUGUCUCAAAGUGAGUUCAAUUCAACUAUGAUGGGUAAGCCUCAGCCUUCUCUUGCCAGAAGUGCUUCCAGCAGAAAGCUAAUGUUCUCCUCUGACACUGGCAACGACCACACCGGGAAACUAGUCCACGGGAAGCAACUGCACAGAAAACAAGAUUCAUUCUCAUCUAUCCCAGAAGAUGGGAGGGGAAAAGAGAAUCGAUCGUUUGGUAACUUUGUGAAGGAUAAGCAAUCACCAGAGAAGAAAACAACCAAAGUUGUUACUGCAAUAAAGAAAUCUCCACUCAAGCAAGAAUCGCCUGAGAAGUGCAUGGAUCACUUGAAGUUACAGCUGGAUUGGAGAUUAGCAGAUCAUGAAAGGGCUCAAAGUUCUUCAAGUUCUUCAGAUGAUAAGGUGUCAGAAAUUGAUAGCACACCCAAUAGAGUUUCUGAGGAUAUUGUCAAGUGCUUGUGUUGCAUAUUUGUGAGAAUUGGUACAUCCAAGGACAAAUUUGGGGAAUCAAAAACAGCUUCACGUUCUGUAUCAGCUUUCAACCAAUGCAGCAAGGAAAAGGAUCAAUCCUGUGAUCCUUAUGGUAUCUGUUCAGAAUCCAAAACAAGAGAAGUCGGUCCAUAUAAAAGUUCAUGUGAAGUUAUAGCUACCACUGUUGAUAUGAACCGAACAACAAAUGCAGUGUUUCUGAUCCACAGAUUAAAGUUCCUACUUGGGAAACUAGCCUCUCUUAACUUAAAGGGUCUUACUCAUCAGGAAAAACUUGCAUUCUGGAUAAACACUUACAAUUCCUGCAUGAUGAAUGCAUAUUUAGAGCAUGGCAUACCUGAGAGUCCAGAAAUGGUUGUAGCAUUAAUGCAGAAGGCAACGAUUGUAGUGGGAGGCCAGUUGCUCAAUGCAAUCACAAUAGAGCAUUUUAUCUUGAGACUGCCUUAUCACCUCAAGUUUACCUGUCCAAAAGCUGCAAAAAAUGACGAGGUUAAAGCACCAGGCAUAUUUGGUCUGGAAUGGUCUGAGCCCUUAGUAACAUUUGCACUUUCCUGUGGAAGCUGGUCUUCACCUGCAGUGAGAGUUUAUACAGCAUCACAAGUUGAUGAAGAGUUAGAAGCAGCAAAGAGGGACUAUUUACAGGCUUCUGUUGGCAUUACAGAAACAAACAAGUUAAUAAUCCCCAAGUUGUUGGACUGGUAUUUAUUGGACUUUGCAAAGGACUUGGAAUCUUUAUUGGAUUGGGUGUGCCUCCAACUUCCUGAUGAAAUGAGAAAGCAAGCAAUUGAAUGCCUUGAAAGAAGGGGAAGAGAUUCUCUUUCACAAAUGGUACUAAUGAUGCCCUAUGAUUUCAGUUUCAGGUUGCUUUUGCACCAAUAAGUUAUGAGAGGUUUUACUUUAUCAUCUUUGGUGUGGUGGGUUUUUUUUUUUUUUUUUUUAAAUUGGGUGGUUCACACCGAAAGUACAUAAGCCAAAGCAUGUGAUGUUUUUCAUUUGGGAAUGGGUUUUGGCAUUUAGGUUAUGCAAUUGGGUAGUUAUGCUUUUAGGAAAUAUACAUAGAGAUGGAGGUUUAUUAGACAUUCAUUUGGCAGCAAACGUUUUGCGAUUCAUAAUAAUCGUAUAUAUUGCUUUUUUAACA